CAACAACAUGGCGAGUAUCAUCAGUACCCCCAAGGGCAACGAAGGUGCGGACGCUGCGGCAGCGGGGAUCGCCAUUGGGACGGCGACGGCUUCCACUACUCCGUCUACGGUCAUCCCUGACGCAUACAAAACUACGUCGUUUCUUGCCCGAAGGGACAACGCAAAUGACUCGGACUCGGAUCACAGCGAUGGGGACUCCACGCCUGCGAUUGCGAAGCCUAUCGUUGCGACGCCUGCUGUUGUAACACAUGCUACUGCGACUCCUGCCAAUGCAUUAAGCGAAGACGAGUACUACACAGAUGAUGACGAAACAUUAAGCAAUCGUUGGACGUGCCAAACGAUCCGGUCGAAAAUACAAAAGUUCCUCGCCACGAAAACCAUGACCCAGACGGCGUUCCUCAAGACCAUUGGCGCCAACAGCAAUUCAUUCGGGCGUUUCAUGAAGCUCAAAGGUGCGGAUGGAGGAAGUCAGAACUCGACGUAUUGGGGCUCGUUACGCUUUUUUGAUCGCCUCGACAAGAAGACGAAGAAGGAAAAAGCUGCGGCAAAGGCAAGCAGCGCCAAAGCGAAAACUGCCGUCAAGCGCAAGGCAGUGGAUACUGACAAGGACGACGACGAGACUCCUGCGGCCAAGAAGAAGAAGUUCCUGGCACGAUUAGAACAAAUCGAAGCGGUGGAACUCGCCGAAGACAUCAAGGUCUUUGACGACUGCGACGUCGUCCGCGACAACAUUCAGGCGUUCCUUCUGACAAAAGUCAUGGCCCAGACGGCGUUUUCCGCGCAUUUGAACGUGUCCGUGGCAGCGUUGCGCAAGUUUCUCGCGUGCAAAGGCAAGCGCGAAGGCGUCGGGAUCGUGUACAAGGCGGCGUAUCGCUUCUUCGAGAAGACGCGCCUCUUGGACAACGCGCCCAAGACCAACAAACGCAAAAAGGUCGAAACCGACCGACCAGAAGGGUACUCCCUCGAGCGCGACCCAACGCACUUCUGGGUCCAUGCGAGUGAAAUCAACCCCAAAGUACGAUGGUAACAAGGUUGCAUGUCGCUCUAUCGUUAAUCAUGGCUUUUUAAAGGAACAACUAUAUGGACAACUCAUUGC